AUGGAUCAUCAGCGGAAGGGCAGCGACACCAAGUCGUUGGGGUCGUCCAAGUCCGGUUCCUUCGAUUUCGAGCAGGACCAAGGCCGCGACACCGACCGCCCCCGGGAGGUCGUCGUCAAGAUCGAAGCCGACGGCGCCUCGACAUCGCACGCGCCAGGUUCGGGGUCGGGGUCGACCUCGCCCAAUGCCCGGAGCCGCCGCAUCGGCGAGGCGUUCAGCUUCAAGAACCGCCUGCCGCAGUCCGAGUCGCCCACGUCGCCGGCGCUGAGCAUCGGGGAGGAAUUCAGCGAUGACCCAGCUGGCCGCCUGAUCGGUAACUUCCUACGGAAGCAGGCGGCGGCCGGCUGCGAGCUGUCGCUCGAUCCCGACCUGGAGGUGGAGGAGACAGGACGGCCGCCGCGCGCGCCGACGUCCAUUUCUGGCUCCCGGGAGCUGCGCGUCUCGUUCCAAGACCCACACAAGCGGUUCGGCCAGUCGUCGUCGACGGCCUCCUCGUCCUCGAACGCCACCGACAGUCGAAACCAGGCUGGCAAUGCGGGGGUCGACACCGCUGAGGUGCUACGUUGCACGUCGACGUCGACGGGGGCCUGCAGCCUGCUGCCGCGCAGCAAGACGCGCUCACGGCUGAUGGAUCCCCCGCCGCCGUCGAAUGGCCCCGCCGGCUCCGAGGGGGAGCGCAACGAUCGCAAGUCAUUCGUCAUGAAGGGGCCGCCCAGGUCCGGGCAGCUCCGGUCAGGUCUGAUCGGCAAGUCGGGGCUGAUAGGCAAGACCUCCGGCCCCAUCGGCAAGUCAGGCGGCGGCAUGUUCGAGGACGAAGACGACGACCCGUUCGUCGACGAGGGCCUCACCGCCGACCUCAAGCGCGAGCCGACGGGCUGCCUCAUCAUCCUAGAAUGGGUUGGCCUAGUGAUUAUCGUGGCCUCGCUGGUGUGCAGCCUCACCAUACCCAGCUUGUCAGGGAAGAUGAUGUCUGGGCUCCACCUCUGGAAGUGGGAGGUGCUGGUGUUCGUGCUCAUCUGCGGCCGCCUCGUCUCCGGCUGGGCCGUCCGCGUGUGCGUCUUCUUCGUGGAGCGCAACUUCAUGCUCCGGAAGAAGGUGCUCUACUUCGUGUACGGCGUGCGCAACGCCGUCCGCAACGUGCUCUGGCUCGGCGUGGCGCUCAUCUCCUGGCACCUGCUGUUCGACAGCAACGUGAAGGAGGAGAACCCCACGACGGUGCUGCCGUACGUGACCAAGGUGCUGCUGUGCCUGCUCGUCGCCACCGUGGUCCGGCUGGUGAAAACGCUGCUGCUCAAGGUGCUGGCAUCCUCCUUCCACGUCUCCACCUACUUCGACAGGAUCCAGGACGCGCUCUUCAACCAGUACGUCAUCGAGACCCUCUCCGGCCCGCCGCUGAUCGAGGAGAGCCACAUGAUCGCCGAGGUGCAGCGGCUGCGGAGCGCCGGGGCCGCCAUGCCGAACGAGCUCCAGGCGGCGACGAUGCCGACGGAGACUCUGGUGCCCAAGAGCGGGCGCCUCACGGCGGCCUCGUCCAGGCGGGGGACCAGCAGCAAGCAGCUGCAGAGGCAGAAGUCGGAGCGGCAUAAUUUUGACGAUGGGAUAUCGAUCGACCAGCUCCACAGGCUCAGCCAGAAGAACAUUUCGGCGUGGAGCAUGAAGAGGCUGAUGAGGAUCGUCCGGUAUGGGGCGCUGACCACCAUGGACGACCAGAUCAAGCACGCGACGGGCCAGGAGGACGAGCUGGCCACGCAGAUACACAGCGAGCACGAGGCUAAGGUUGCUGCCAAGAGGAUCUUCCACAAUGUCGCUAAACCGGGAUCAAAGCACAUAUACUUGUCGGAUAUGAUGCGAUUCAUGAGGCCAGAGGAGGCUCUGAAAGCGAUGAAUCUCUUCGAAGGAGCGCAGGAGAACAACAGGGUCAGCAAGAGGUCGCUCAAGAACUGGGUGGUGAACGCGUUCAGGGAGCGCAAAGCUCUUGCGCUGACGCUGAAUGACACGAAAACUGCAGUGAACAAGCUCCACCAGAUGGCCAACGUCGUCGUCGCGCUCAUCGUCCUCGCGCUCUGGCUCCUCAUCCUGGAGAUCGCCACCACGCGCGUCUUCGUCGUCCUCAGCUCGCAGCUCCUCGUCGCGGUCUUCAUGUUCGGCAACACCCUCAAGACCAUCUUCGAGGCCAUCAUCUUCUUGUUCGUGAUGCACCCUUUCGAUGUUGGCGACCGCUGUGAAGUCGAUGGAAUGCAGGUGGUCGUUGAGGAAAUGAACAUCUUAACGACGAUCUUCCUAAGAUAUGACAACCUCAAGGUUUACUAUCCAAACAGUCAGCUCGCCGUCUUGCCGAUUAUGAAUUACUACCGGAGUCCUGAUAUGGGAGACGCCAUUGACUUCUCCGUUCAUGUUGCUACACCGGCGGAGAAACUGGCCCUCAUGAAAGAAAGACUAAUGCAUUAUCUCGACAACAAGAAAGAACAUUGGUACCCUGGUUCCAUGGUCGUCCUCCGUGAUAUCGAUGAUACAAACCGACUAAAGAUAUCCAUAUGGUGCCGCCACACCAUCAACUUCCAGGACAUGGGAAUGCGAUUUGAGAGGAGGGAACUGAUUCUCCACGAGAUGAUGAAGAUCUUGAGAGAUCUCGACAUCGAAUACCGGAUGCUGCCAUUGGACAUCAAUGUUCGAAAUGCACCUCCUAUCCAGUCUACUAGGAUGCCUACAACAUGGACAACAAAUUUUUGAAAUUUGUUACCAUGCCUCACCAACCGAGUGGUGACAGUGUGUACUCAAGAUUUCA